CGGUCCGCAGCACACACGAGGAAGAUAAUAAUGGCCGCGUCCAGUUUGAAUGCGGUACGUGUGCGUUUGUAUUUCGAUUAUCCCCCGCCUGCGGUGUCGGACUGCCGCAUGUGUUGGGUGCUUGUUGACCUAAACAAGUGUCGCGUGGUGGCGGAUCUUGCGAGCGUCAUCAGGGAAAAGUUCGAUUUCAGUCGCAGGACGAUUUUAAACUUGUUCAUUGAGGACUGUUACUUGCCUCCCACGGAGAGCGUUUACGUAGUGCGCGACAAUGACAGCAUCAGGGUGAAGGUGGAAAAUCAGCCGCCAGUGAAUGGCAUCGAAGCCAACAGUAAACCCGAGGGCCUGUCCCAGAAAGCAAAUAAAAGAACCAGAGAGGCAGAAGAAGAGAACGAGGGGUUAAGGGUGAAGAAGAAGAAGAAGAAAGCUCCGACAGAGGGCCAAGAGGUGGAUCCCCAACCAGUCGUGGUGGCGGCGGAGGAGAAGAAGAAAAAGAAAAAAAGAAAGAAGUUGAAGGAGAAGAAUCUGCCGGUCAAACCAGCAGCAGCACCAGCAGCGCCCGCGAAGGGGACGACCCCCGUGAGACAGCCGGCGGUUUCUAAACCCGCGGCAGACAAAGCCGCCAAGAAGCCCGCCACGCCUGCCGCCGCCGCCGCCGCGAGCAGAGCCGCCAAGCCGAAGGCAGCGCUGGCGCCGUCGUCGUCGGAAACCAGCGACAGCAGCAAGGAGGAGCCUCCCAAAAAGGCCGUGCCGGUGACGGCCCCCGGCAGGCCCGGCGGGGCCGUCCCCGGCGCUGCGAAGGCUGGCGUCGCUGCCUCUUCCUCCUGGGAGCCUUCGUCGGACUCCUCUCCCGGUCCCAAACCCGCGGCCAAACCCGUCGCUAAGACGACCGCCCCCCCCACGCCGGCCCUCCCGGCGGCGCCGGCGGUUCGGGCCAAACCGCGGAGCUCCAGCUCCAGCUCGGGCUCGGACUCGGACAGCACCAGCCGGACUCGCCUGGCCAAUAGGAGGCCGGGGCUUGGGCACCAAGUUCCACCGUUGGCAACGGGGCCCGGCGGCGGUGCUGUCACCGGGAGGGGCGGGGCUAACCCCAGGGGCGCCGGGAGGGGGAGCUCGCCGGGGGCGGGGAGGGGGGUCGGGCGGGGCGACGGGAGGUUUCCGUGGAGGGGCGGGAGCCCCAGGGGCGGUCAGAGAGGGGGUCACGGCCGGGCGAGUCGGGGCGCAGGGAACCACGUGUUUUAUUGCUAUGGCGACCAGAACGGGCCGCAGCAGCAGCCUCAGCGGCACGCGGACGACACUCUGACCAACAAGGCCGUCGUUCUCCAGAACCCUCCGGAGAGCGCGCCCCAACCCAGACGGGACUACGGGUCCAUGCCCCUGCUGGCUGCGCCCCCCCGGGUGGGCCAGAAGAUCGCUUUCAAGCUGCUGGAGCUGACUGAGAACUACACUCCGGAGGUAUCGGACUACAAAGAAGGAAAGAUCAUCGGAAUCGACCAGGGCACCAACCAAAUAGAGCUGGAGCUUCUGUCCUCUGCCCCAGGACCGGCAGGGCCAGGGAAGUUUGACCUGGUGUACCAAACUGCUGACGGGUCUGAGAUCGUGGAGUAUGCGGUGUCCCGUACCUCACAGCUGACCGAACGGUGGGACUCGCUCCUGGAGCCGAGGCUCAUACUGGAGAAUAACGUGUGAGAAUCGGACCAAAGACUGCGCCCACACCUACACCCCACGCGACCCCGGAAGACACUGAGCACGGACGUAAUGUUUAAUGUUUGUACAUGAUGUUACUGUGAAAUUUUACUUAAUAAAUCUUUUUUAUUGUACAAAA